GAUAGAUUUAACUUUAAUUUCAUCUAAAAUUUGUUAGACUUGAAGAAGAAGAAAGAAAGUAGGCCAAGUAUUUAGCAACACCACCCAAAAUCUACAGAGUAAGCACUACGAAACCCUUUUCAUGGCUACUGAACAGUCGAUUUUGGCUGUGAUACGGGCGGCGCGGCCACAAUUCCGCACCGCCUUUGAUAAGGCAGCCUACGCCGUCCACGCCUCCUUUGUUGCCACCGGAUACGUCCUCCACGCCACCGGUGCUCCCGCUUUCACCGACGACGCUCUCUCCGUAUCCUGUAAAGAUGAAGUUGGGAUGGAUGGUUGGAACGAUGUCGAAGAUAAUUAUGCGUUCGUGUACUCAAACCCGGAGAAGGGUUCAAAAAAGGUGCUCGUGAAGUGCCUUAUGAUGAAUGAUAAAUUGAUUGUUGAUGUUCUUAAGGAAGGAGGCUCCGAGCCUCUGCAUCUUGAACUGGAUGCUGGCGAGUAUGUCCAAGAGGAUGCCGGGAACAAUUAUGGUUCACAGUUCAAGAAUUUGGGGAAGCUGGUAGAGAAUGUUAAUAAGGAAAUCUUAAACAAACUGGAUGCUGCUUCGGCUUCUAGCUCGUCAGCGAAAAGCUCUAGUACAGAGGCAAAUGUAAGAGAAGAAAGAGAUCCGCUCAGGGUAGGACCUGACACGGAAGACCCUUACACGCCCUUACAUCCUGGAUACGUUGUUCCACCAAUUCCUGGUUUUGGCGGCAGUGACCUCUUUCCUGGCCCAGGGGCUGGAAUGUACCCAUCCAGGGGUGAUUUUGGAGGUGGAAGCAUGUUGGUGGGUCCUGAUGAUCCGAGGUUCUUUGGGGAUCGAACUCGUGGCCCUGGAUUUCCCGGUGGUCUACCAGGUGUACCCCCUGGUGCCCGCUUUGAUCCUUUUGGACCUCCUGAUGUACCUGGAUUUGAGCCUGGUCGAUUUGCCAGAAAUCCACCAAGAUCUGGAGGAGGAUUGCAUCCAGACUUGGAGCACUUCCACAACGGCUCGGAUUUUAUAUAGGAACAACCAGGCAAAAAUUACAGGAGAGGAAAUGUCAUUUCUGCUUUAAUAACAUUAGUUUUUGUUAUACCGUCUAAAUUUGAAGCAUGAUGCCUUAUGUGGUAUAGUAUAUAGCAAUAAAAUGGGUGCUUUUUGUUUAGUUGGUAUUGUUGCUAGACACCAGUAUAAUAACAUUUUCUGCUCUUGUUUGGUA